AUGUCCGACUCUCCAGAUUUAGACUUACAAAAUCCACUCCGAAGGUCUUAUAAAACACUAGAUGAAGCAGUUGACAAAAAACAAAGGAAAAAAGCAUACUCCGAUCACUUUACCGCAGUCUAUAACAUCUUUUUCCAAGCUUUGCCUGACCAAUUAAAAGCCUCUUCCAAAGGGUGUGUUUUUGCCAUUUCAGAUAACGAAGAAACCCUCAUUUCUGGGAACUCCUAUGGGAACAUCAGCAUAAUUAACAGAAAAUCCAAAGAAAUUCUAUACGAAAAACUUGCAUUUUCCAGUAAAGUACUAAAACUAUUAGUGGAAAACGGCCAUCUUUGUUGCAUUGUGGCAGGGUUAAAUUCUAUUUUCAUUUUAGACAAAAAUACAUUAGAAAGUGAGCUGUCCCUUGAAGGCCACUCAGGUCAGGUUACAGACAUAAUUAUCCAUCAAAAAAAAUUAUAUUCCACAGGUGAAGAUUUUACAUUAAGGGCUUGGGACACCACAAAUUGGUCCUCCCUUAAAACUCUUUUCCAAAUGGACUGCAAAGGGAAUUCUUUAGAUAUCAGUUCUGAUGGAAAAUUUUUGGCAUGUGGAAACAGCUCAAAAUCAAUAAUUCUAUAUGAAUUUGAAAAAAAUGAAACUUUUUCUUUACAAAGUGACAUUAAUCAAGAAAUUUAUGCAGUGAAAUUUGCUGAAAACUUUAAAUAUUUAGCAAGUGCUGGAAAUGCAGGAAAAAUUGAAAUCUGGAAUACUGGGUUUUGGGAUCUGAAAUUCUAUAUAGAUAUAGAAUGUAUAGGGUCAAGUUUGAAAUUUAUUCGGAAUGACGAGUUUAUUAUAGCUGGAUGCUCAGACGGUUUCGUAAAAUGUUGGAGGCUAUUUGAUCAAAAAUUAUUUUCAUUAGAAAAUCAUAAAGGGGCAAUAACUUCUUUUUAUGUCUCGAAAAGUGAAAAAUAUAUAAUUUCUUCAGCUGAAGAUAGGGUAUUUUUGACCUCAAAAAUCCCUGAUCUCCAAGAAGAAGUUCUCCAUGGGCAUAAAGGAACGAUAAAUUAUGUUUUCUAUAGCAAAGAAAAUGAUUUAAUUAUUUCAGCGCAGAGUAAUGGGAUUGUCAUUUUUUGGAACUCAGUUAAAAAAACAAUGGUAAAAGAAGUGGAUUACAAUUGUAAUUUUACCUUAAUAAUUAUGUGCCCAGAUGAGACUUGCUUGGUUUGUGCGACUGAUGAUUGCCGAGUUUUUAUUAUUCUGGAAUCAAAUAUAUUUUGUAUAUAUUAAUGAUAAAUUAUUUUUUUAAAUAUAUAAAAAUUAUUAUAGUAUAUUAAUCUUGAUUCAUAUGAGAUUGAUAAUAUGACUAUUAGAGAAAAAUAUGAAAUUUCAGCUAUGAAAAUCACUCCAAAUAGCGAAAUCUUGAUAAUAGGAAAUGUUUUAGGGCAGCUGAAACUUAUUAAUUUCAAUGAUUUAUCUGAAAUUAGAAUCAUAAAAAAGAUGAGUUUAGGAAUUACGAGUAUUGAUAGUGACAAUAAAUUUUUCUAUGCUGGGAGCUUAGAUGGGAAAGUUUUAAUGGAAAAUUUAGAAGAUGAAAAUGAUGUUUACGUUUUUCCAGGAAAAUCUCAAAUCACUUGCUUAUCACUUUCUCCAUGCCGCAAAAGGCUAUAUGCAGGCUCAGGCAAUAACUUAAACAUUUGGAGUACAAAAACCAAAGAAAAGUUGAUGCUUAUUGAAAUGGGAGCUGAAGUAAAGAAUAUUUACUUCAAAUAUCUAGACUAUUUUAUGACAUUCAGUAGCGAUUCUAUGGUAAAAAUUUGGAGCCAAAGAGACUAUACAUUGAUUUCCAGCAUGCCAUUAAACAGUAAUACAAAAGGCCUAAUUUUAUUGCCAAAAGAAAAAUAUAGCAGUUGCCCGAUAAUGGCGCUCAAUGCGUCAUCAUCGGGCAACACCAGACAAAGAUCCACACGUGAAAUGGGUUCCACGUGUGGAGCCCUUUUUGGCGAGUGGAAAAUGAGGAUUAUCCACAUGCUAAAAAGGGCUCCACACGUGGAAUCCAUUUCCAGAAUGGACCCAGGAUCUGGUGUUGCCCGAUGAUGGCGCAUUGACGCCAUAAUCGAGCAACUGCUAUACAUGAUCACAACCCAAAACAACCAUUUAUUGAUGCAUAAUAACCCUUGGUCCUCUAACUCUAUAUCAACAAUAGGUGAUGAAAAACACAAGCCAGAAUUUAUGAAAUACCUCGUCAGCAUUACUGAGCAAACCUCGAAAACCCACAAAUCGGAAAUGGACUCCUAUUUAAUUGCUCCGUAUUUUAUAAAUGCGCUUCAUUUUUAUGCAUAUUAUAAUAUGAAAGACCAUCUUUUAGAAGCUUUAAAUUAUGGGUCUCCAUUAUUUAUGUCAAAAUAUGGGUAUUCACCAUUGACGAUUUCAUUAGACCUUAUGCAUGAUGAUUGCACGAUUAUUAUACUUAAUCAUAUAAAAAAAGCUUUGAGGGAGAAUAUUCAUACAGGAUACCUAUUGGAAAAUGCGCUAUUGGAAAUAAAUUUGAGAGGGUUCAACAAUAUUAAUAAACUUUAUGACUCAAUGCUUACUGCAAGCAGCUAUAAAAAUCUGCCGAAGUUUUGUAAUGCUUAUAGUAAGCUUCCUGCUGUCAUUCAUUCUAAAUAUAUUGGGUAGAAAAGGUUUUUAAUUAAUGUAUUUUUAUGAAAAUUAUAUAUUCCCUAUAAAUAAUGCUUCAUCAGUAAAUAUUUUUAAAAUAAUUAAUUUAAUAAGCUAUAUAUAGAAGUUUCCCCAAAUAAAUUCCCAAUAAGUUACAAAAAUAAAGACAUUUCAAUUAUUUUCCAACAGUCCACUACAAGAUUUUCACUAGAAAACGGGUCAGUAGAAAGCAUGAAUUUUAUAUCAAGUUUAAUCAAAAGUCCAAAUAACCGAGUUUUUACCUCAGAAGUAGUGAAGUAUAUUUUACACGAAAAAUGAAGAGUUGUCAGAUGGAGCCUAUAUCUUCAUGCUUUGAUUUAUAUCCACUAUUUAGCACUUUUAAGCACUUAUGCGGUUGGUUUUCAAAAUGAUGUAUUUUUCGCCUCACUAAUUCUAACAGCAAACUUCAUUUUGAUUUUGCCUGAAAUUUAUAUAAUUUUACUAUAAAUAAAUUAAUUAUUUAUAGUAAAACAUUUUAUGAUGUCAUUUUAUAGGCUGUGGAAUAUAUAAAAUUCUUACUACAGGGAUUAGCUAUUGGCUUUCAGUUAUGAAUAAUGUUGAUGUGUGGAGGUUUAUAAUGUGCACUUUGUACUGCUCAUUUGUGUUUAAAGAUAUUCAUGAAGAAUAUAAACGAAGCUGGCUGAUCUUUUUAGUUUUAUUUUCCUGGAUAAGAGGGAUAGGAUUAUUUGCGUUAUUCGAACAAACAAGAUUUUUGGUUAAUAUGAUUAAGACCGUUAUUAUAGAAAUGCUAGCGUUUUUCGUGGUUUUGGCAUACUCGACGCUUGCUUUUGCGUUUUUUGAGCAUGCGAUAGAAGACUCAGACACUUCUGAUGAAUUUUUUGAUUAUUUAUUGGCUUCUUAUAUGUUUACGCUAGGUGAUUUUGGAGAUGGGGAUUACUCUGAUACAGAAUGGAUCAUUGUUAUUCUAGUUUCAAUUCUCAACUCUAUGAUUUUGCUUAUAAUUUUUAUAUUAAAUUUACACUAUAAAUAAGCAGCCUAAUAUAAAUUUAUAUAUAUAAAAUAGUCCAAAAAUUUUUUAAUGAUGCCAAAAAUCAGGUAAUAAAUUAUAAUUUCUUAAUCUCAAUUAUUUUCAACACCUUUGGGAAAGUCCAAGAAGAAAAAGACGCAGUUAGCCAACGAGAGCUCGCUAAAAUUAUCCUAGAAGGUGAAUCCAUACAAUUUUGGAAGCGAAAAAGUAAGCCAAAAUAUCUACAAGUCUGCAAGUCAAAUUUUGGAGAUAUUGAUGGAGAAUCAGAUAAAUUAAAAAAAUAUAGAAAAGAAAUAAUAGACGCAGUAAAAGAGACUAGUGAAGAAAUAAAAAACUCAAAAGGAGAAAUUAUUGAAUAUGUAGAAAGGAGCAAAAUUAAUAGUGAAAAUGAUCUGCAAAAGAAUUUUGAAAUGUUGGAAAAAAGACUGAUGGAAAAUAUGGAGAAAAAAUUCGGGGAAAUAAUGGAAAGGAUUGAGAAAAAAGGGUAA